AUGACGUCUCUUCUCUCACCCCCUAUGCUAUCGGUUACGAAUCAGAAUCUGCGUUACGCUGAGCCCCAUGUAAUUGAUUUUCAAUCACUGCAAGCAGCGACUAUCGAGGGUGCAUUUGAUCAAUCUUUAUUCGAGGUAUUAAAGAACGCCGCGCCCACUGGACUUCUGCAUAUUGUUAAUCAUGGCCUUGAUCCAAGCCUUUUUCAGAAACUCCGAGCGAUCACAUACACAUAUAUGAUGACAGCAACAGCAGAGGAGAAGGAUGCAGCGUCUACUGUAAACGGGACAGGUUCUUUCGAGGGUUACAAACCACGCACUGAUGAAGAAAAGCGCAAAAGUGUCUUGCCAGUAAUAGAAGAGUACAAUUACGAUUAUCACUCCAGCGGAACGAUAAAUCGACCAAAGCUUAUCAAAGACAACGAAGAGCCUUUAUCUAAGAUCUUCAAUUUCUAUCAUCAGGAACUCACACCACACUUGUUGGAUUUCAUUGGCAAGUUCUGUGGGUUACAGCCUGGAGUUUUGCGGCAGACGCAUGAAGAGUCCAGUGAAGUGGCGCAUUUGCUUCUGUACCAUCCCAGAUGGUACGAACAUUUUGCAAGAAAAAGGGCGGCAUACGCUGGUCACACAGACAUCGGAUCACUCACGUAUCUAUAUGCAAAUCCGGUGGCUAGCUUGCAGGUUUAUGGUACGCGAGGUUGGGAAUAUGUUGCUUAUAUUCCCAACUCGAUUGUCGUCAACAUGGGAGAUGCAAUGCAAUUUUUAACAAAAGGUAUGAUGAAUGCAACACUUCACCGAGUUAUCAAACCUACCUCCGAUCAGAAUGAGGCUAUAAGAACGGCACUUGUUUACUUUGUUCAUCCGAACCAUUCUUCGAUGUCUGCAUCUUUAUCACAUUUCCAACAACUGCGAGCUCACUACACUCGCGAGACCAAAAAAUCUCCAGGAUGUCUCAUCAAUGGUAUGGGUCUGAAUCGAGUGAUAUCAAGCCUUUCGGCUAUUAGAGAAGAUCCAUAUCUCUCACUAGUUGACUAUAAAGCGUGGGAAUCAUCAAGGAACGGUGGCUUAGUAGCUUCACCCCGAGAGUUUUGCGUCAAUUUUGAGACCCUGGCUGUUAAUUUGGUGUAA